AUGUGCCGAGAAUGACGUCGCUUGGCAAGUCUGACUCCCUCGCAGUUUUUAUCAGUCUUCUGUCGGGAAGCUAGAAAUCAGAAAUAUUCUAUUACAGGAACAAAAUGGAAAAUAUCCGCGGAAGCCGUCUUAAUCUUCGGCGUCAGUCGUGGCGUUUAAACUGCUCUCUGCGGUUGUAGAUUAGCGACGGUUAAUGCUGAAAUGCGAAGGUGUCUAGCCUACUUCUGAGCUUCAGACUGUCAGAACUGAAACUAGUGGAUGUAUGUUCUAGAGGGACAGACUAGUUAAAUACCAGCCUUUACGCCGGGGAUAUUGCAAAGGAAAAAUACUGAACUGUUUCUUCUUUUUCAUUCUUGGCUUAUUGCUUCCCUGCAACAUAGCCACCUGACUAAGUUGGAUGUCGCAAUUAAGGUGUAUCAAUGAUUCUGCCAUGGAGACCAAAAGAUACCAAGGUUUCUCAGAGGGAAUGGACAAGGAGAAGAGAUGGGCUCAGGUGCCUGAGGCAAUGGAGUACUUCUGUACCAUGGAAGAGGAGAGCAAGACCAACAGCGACAUCCUAAUGGACAUUGUGAACAUUGCCUGUUCUCCCAGCACGAUAGCAGUAAAGGAAAACCGCGGGGAGAAGCCGGAUCAGACCCCUGCUCCGCUGAGCCAGAACCAACAGCAGUUCGUUUUCCCCCUUUUGAACAACACCGGCCACAGCUGUAAGCAGGAAAUGGACUCCAAAGAGCUUUCCAAAACCGUGGCCGAGUCGAUGGGUUUGUACAUGAACGCAGCGAGAGAGGUGGACUACGGCUUCGGCCAGCAGACUGCACAGGGAGGAGACCUAGUCAGUGACGGAAAACUGUUCCCCAGCAGCGGACAGCACCCUGCGUCAGUGGGGCGUCCAAAACCGAAACCUCUCAACUUGUUGGCCUCGGCGCCUUACCCCGUGAUGUCCCGCCCCUCCAACGUCCCGACGAUGGCCUGCCGCCCUGCCGCCCUGCCAGGGACCAAGGACGCUCUGGCGCCGUCCCAGCACUGCAGCCCACAUGCCUCCAACGGCGCCAAGUCCAGCCCCGUUGGCAGCAAUCUGGUGUCGUCCACCUCCAGCCCGACUAACUUCGAGGCGCCGUGCCCGUCCAUGACCAGCCCCAGCGGCCAGGCCCCGGCGUUGCCCGGCCUCGGACAUGUCCACCACGGCCGGAUCCCCUCCGCCUGCAGCCCUGUUCACACAAACAGCGUAGGGUCCCCGCUUGCCAGCCCCCUCAACGUCAUGAGGUCCCCCAUUUCCAGUCCCCAGAGCAUGGGCAGUGUAAGGUCCCCACCCUCGUGCAACCCCGCCGCGAGGUCCUCGGUGUCCAGCCCAACUGGUGGCAACAAAAACAACAGCAGCAUCAGCAGCAGCACCAAUAUGCAGGAAUCAAUGUCUAGUCCGGGAAAAGUCAAUGCCAUGUCCGUGUCUAGCCCCCCUACUUCAACAGCCUUCCACAUGUCCAGCCCUGUGAGCGGUCUGGGUCUGGUGCAGAAAGAAGAUGGCAGCCCUGAGAAGACAGACCGAGACUUUAAAGGUUUCGAGUUCCCCAAAGUGGAGAAGGUGGACGGUGAGCUGUAUAGUGUUGGCCUGGACCAGAUGGGUAUGGUGAAGUACAUAAAGAACGAGCCAGAUGGAUUGAGGAGCAUGUGCGUGGGCAAUGAGAGGGGCCACGUGCCUCACUCUCCCUUCACCAUGCAAAUAAAAACUGAACCAGACAAAGAUACGACGCAUCUGAACCCUCACUACAAUGGACAGCAGAACUCUUUGGCUUUUUUUCCACCAGAGACCACUUACUUGUCCUUGAGGGACAACGUAGAUGAGCACAGCCUUUCGGGGAUUUUAGGACCGCCAGUCUCAUCGCUCAACGGCAACUACCAACCCGAUGCGUUUGUUAACAGUGUCUUGCCUAAGGGGAUUAAGGAGGAGUCUAAAGAUGGCAGCUAUUACCAAGAGAAUAAUAACAUGCCAACAUCGGCCAUUGUUGGUGUUAAUUCAGGCGGACAUUCAUUUCAUUACCAGAUCGGAGCGCAAGGAACGAUGUCUUUUUCUCGACAUGAUGUGAGGGACCAGUCAAACCCCUUGCUGAAUUUGAUUUCUCCUGUUACUGCUCUGAUGGAGUCGUGGAAACCCCGAUCUGGCCUGGCACAGAACCCCAUGGCACCGCGAGUGGAAGCUUUUCCAGGUCAAAGGUGCAUCACAGAAAAUAUGGCAAGCGCGAUUCGAAACCCAUCCUCGAGUUCAUCCUCAGCCAAAGUGUGUCUGGUGUGUGGAGAUGAAGCCUCUGGAUGCCACUACGGGGUCGUCACAUGCGGCAGCUGCAAGGUGUUCUUCAAAAGAGCCAUAGAAGGUCAGCACAACUACCUGUGCGCCGGACGAAAUGACUGCAUCAUUGACAAGAUCCGGAGGAAGAACUGCCCGGCUUGCAGAGUCCGCAAGUGUCUGCAGGCUGGCAUGAACCUGGGAGCCCGCAAGUCCAAGAAGCUGGGCAAAUUAAAAGGAAUCAGCGAGGACGUGUCCCUGCCGGGCUCCAAGGAAGGCCACACGCACUUGGCCCCGGAGAAGGAGUUGGGCGCCAGCAGCGCCCUGGUGCCCCACGUGUCCGCGGUGACGCCAUACCUGGCCCCGCCCAUCUGCAGCAUGCUGGAGCUGAUCGAGCCGGAGGUGGUGUACGCCGGCUACGAUAACACCCAGCCCGACACCACCGACCACCUGCUGUCCAGCCUCAACCAGCUGGCCGGGAAGCAGAUGAUCCGGGUGGUCAAGUGGGCGAAAGUACUUCCAGGUUUCAGGAACCUGCCAAUCGAGGACCAAAUCACUCUCAUUCAGUACUCCUGGAUGUGCCUGUCGUCCUUUGCCCUCAGCUGGAGGUCCUACAAACACACCAACGGCCAGAUGCUCUACUUCGCACCAGAUCUGGUUUUCAACGAGGAGCGCAUGCAACAGUCAGCCAUGUACGAGCUGUGCGUGGGCAUGAGGCAGGUGAGCCAGGAGUUUGUGCGUCUGCAGCUGACCCACGAGGAGUUCCUGGCCAUGAAGGUCCUGCUGCUCCUCAGCACAGUUCCCAAGGAUGGGCUGAAGAACCAGGCCGUGUUUGAGGAGAUGAGGAUGAACUACAUCAAAGAACUGCGGAGGUCGGUGGGGAACGCCACCAACAACUCCGGGCAGACCUGGCCGCGGUUCUACCAGCUGACCAAACUACUGGACGCCAUGCAUGACCUGGUGGGAGAUCUUCUGGACUUCUGCUUCUACACCUUCCGUGAGUCCCAGGCCCUGAAGGUGGAGUUCCCGGAGAUGCUGGUGGAGAUUAUUAGCGACCAGCUACCAAAGGUGGAGUCGGGCUUGACCCACACACUCUACUUUCACAAGAAGUGACACCAGACCGGAGCCUCAACAGAGGAGGAAGGACUUUGCCUUAAAGUCGCCGGCGCCAGUGCGCCCCCAGACGAGUUGAGAAAGAGGGAGGCUCGCUCAUUGGGUAUCGCUGCCGCCCGUCAGCAGGUGAGCCAAUCCGGAGGAACGUCUCGGAGGACAAUGCACUGAAAAGGACUUGUGUCAUGUGACAGAGCAUCCUGCCCCCAAAGACAAUGAAAAUGUUUUUUUUUUAAUGGAUAUGAAGCCAUACAGACAUUUUGUUUUCGAUCACACACUCGCAGUCGCACACACAAAUACGCUAAAUCGCUUACCUCUCCCUGGAAACUGAAAUUGAUAACUGUGGCUUUUAUAUAACAAUUACUACUAGAGAAAACCAACACUUACUUUGCUUUGCAGUAUAUUGUUUUCAGAGGCAGUCCUGCAGUGAUUCAACACAACACAACACAUUUUGUUUCUGUGUAGGAGAAAAUAUAGGCUAUUUAUAAGGGUGGACACAUGUAUGUGUGAGCAUUUUCUAAGGGCUUUACAAGUUAAGCAACAGACUGUUGUGUUCAAAACUGGUAUAGACUGAUGUUUUUAAAGUAAGCCUAAAUUUCUGGUCUGUAUGUAUUACGCUACACACAUGUGCAUGAAUCUGUUAUUAUUCAACAACAAUCAAGCUUUUACUGAUAUGCAAAAUGUAGAAAUAUAUAAUCUAUACUAAGCAACAGAAUCCGAAAACAAAAGGAGGCACUUGCAAAAGUGAUGUGGGCAAGUAAAAACAGGUGGAACAUGUUGUGGUCAGAUGCAUUGUGUUCCCUGAUGUACAUUUAGCCGCAGUGUGGAGCUGCAAGUCAUUCAGAUAUGCUUGUAUGUUACACAUUUUUCAGUACUUCAGUAGUCACGUAGAAAAACAGGUGCAAUUUAGAUCCACUUGCAAUACAAUACAAACUUGUUUUUUGUCUCAUGACAUGUGUGUAACUGAUUUAUACAUAGCCUUUGCCACGAUUUAUGUACCUACUUAUUAGAGCCAAGUAGUUGUGUUCAUUUUAUAGUCUGAUAAUCCAUUCAGUUAAAACCAGCUUUGUGGAAGCAGCAGAUACUUACAGUAACUUUAUUUCAAGGU